CUUCGAGUCGGAGCUGGCCGUCAGUUCACACGGCAAACGGUUGACGGACGAACGAUCGAACCGUCGUUGCCUCGACACGGUUUUUUUUCUCUCGUACUAAUUCGUAGAUAUCGUAUACUCGUAACUCGUAUAUCGUAUUCUAUCGCAUCGCAUCGCAUCGUAACUCAAAGUAACGUAAGGUAUCGCGACCAAAAUACGCGUACGCGAGCCCGAGACGGCCGAUCGGUCGGUGACGCGAGGGGAGGGGUAGUGGCGAGCGAAAAUCGCGAAAAAAGGUAAAAAAAACCGCCGUCAAAAUGACCAACACCAACGUAACCGGUAUCGAUAAUCUGCGCUACGAGAUGUGCCAGAAUCUGAGCCUGACCGAGAACGUGAGCGAUAUCGCGUUCUGUAUCAAUAAUUCGAUACCGGAUCCGGUGUCGGACAGCGAGUUCGGCCACAUGCAACGUAUGGUGACCAUAGUGGUGAUAUUUUUAUUUAGUAUAAUCGUAAUCGUAGGCUUAAUCGGUAAUAGCAUGGUAGUGAUAGUGGUGGCUUUCAACCAGCAGAUGCGAAGCACCACCAACUUGCUCAUCAUCAACCUGGCGGUCGCCGAUCUGCUGUUCAUCAUAUUCUGCGUACCGUUCACGGCCACCGAUUACGUGCUGCCGUUCUGGCCGUUCGGCGACCUUUGGUGCAAAGGCGUACAGUACCUGAUCGUGGUGACGGCCUACGCCAGCGUCUACACGCUGGUGCUCAUGUCGCUCGACAGAUUUCUCGCCGUCGUCCAUCCGAUCGCCUCCAUGUACGUGCGAACCGAGAAAAACGCCAAUACCGCCAUCGUCAUCAUUUGGGCGGUCAUCCUGAUACUGGCCGUACCGGUGCUCUAUCGCCACGGCGAAGUUACCUACACCUAUUCCAGCAAAGAGCACACCGUUUGCGUCUUCCUAGAUCAGGACCCCAUCAGCCGGCCCGACGGAUACAGUCAACCGGUUUAUCAGAUAUUUUUCUUUCUCACAUCGUACGCGAUUCCAUUAGCGUUGAUAUGCGGAUUAUAUCUGUUCAUGCUGAUGCGAUUAUGGAAAGGCGUAGCGCCCGGAGGGCACGUAUCUGCUGAAAGUAAAAGAGGCAAGAAACGCGUCACGAGGAUGGUGGUGAUUGUGGUCACAGUCUUCGCUAUAUGUUGGUUUCCUAUUCAGAUAAUUCUAUUACUGAAAAGCGUCGACUACUACGAAAUAACCACAUUCAAAGUGAUGCUGCAAAUAGGAAGUCAAGUACUGGCGUACAUGAAUUCGUGCCUAAAUCCCAUCCUGUACGCGUUUCUAUCGGAGAACUUUCGAAAGGCAUUUCGCAAAGUGAUUUAUUGCGGGCCCGAUCCGAAUCUGCAACACAGACUUGCCAACGGAAGGCAAGAGGACAGAUCCGUUAAUCAAACCAGAACUACCAGAAUUAACAACGAUAUCGUCUAAAGUCGUAUAGGCUGAAACGUGGCUGUGAGAAUAUUACUGUACAUAAAGUAACCUACAAAAUGUGUAAAUAAACUGGAUUAACGAUCGCAAAUUAGAUCGAUGUAAAUACGUAGGCCUACAUACUCGUAUUUCCUGUUGAAUACCUAUGUAUUUGCCGCCAUUUACGUACACCGCAAAGACAAAAAACGGACCAUGGCUUGACAGUUGACAUCUACAAUACUUCGCCAUGAAACGAGGAUAUUGAAGAUGGUCACUGGACGCUACCUGUUACCUGUACCUACUUACGAGUAUUUACCAAACAUGUACGCAGAAAUAUCUAAUAAAUCGACCAAAAACACGUUUCGUUCCAGCGGCGAUGACUUAUACGGACAAUUAGGUAGAAAUAAGGAAUCAAAAUUCGGGCAUAUUGGUUAAAAGAAGCUUUUAAAGUUUCCUUUGUUGUAACUUCGAUGACAAUACACUACCAGUACCUGGUUGAGAAUGUAACUUCAGAUAAUUUGUUUACGAAAUGCUCAAACCUUCUUACAACACCUACUCAAUUUUGUAUUCGUAACACAAAACGAGAAAAAAUUACCAAUUAAGGAAAAGUCGAGCCUCGAUAAACAUCGCCGACUCCGAAGAAAUUUCCAACAUUUCAGGAAUAAUAAUGGAAGAGGUUCGAACUGUACAUCGUCAAUCGGCUCUAAAGUUAUACCAAAGUUUUAAAUUGUUUAUAAAAAUUCACGAAAUGAAAAACAAGCGACAUUUUUUUUUUCAAAUGAAGAAUUGGGAUCCGGUAUGUAUACGAUAUACAUACAGCAUGCCACAACUUACAUAACACAUCCCAAGAAAUUUCAAAAAAUCUGAUACUUUUUUCAAAGAUUCGAGUACAAAUUUUUAGCUGUAGUCGUGAUUAACAUGCUACAAAAAUCCAAGUUCCUACAUGCAAAACCUCCGUACCACCUAGAUUUACUUCACUCGUGUACAUUUUAGCUUAAAAAAUUCCUUCCAUUUACUUAAUGGCCAGCCAUUACUUUUUUGCCAUUGUUAGCAACAUAAUUUUAUUUUUCAACGAACAAAAAAAACAACACUCUGUACAACUUGAGAAAUUACCCACUGGUACAUACAUAUGUAAGCACCACGUGACGUGAUAAACGUGCCAAAAGUAAUUCGUUUGAACAAGAAAACUACAGGUAGCGAGAGUUCUUUUACCAAAAAAAAAAAAAAUCCAACAUGAAACUACUUCGUCUUCCAGUCUAAUUUUUUUCUUUUUUCAAAAAAAAAGGACUCUAAAGCCAUACAUCUUCUAAUGAACGCCCUCGUAUUACUUUUAUUCAACGUUAAGCCGAUUAUUGUGAUAUAAAAUCAGUCCCCUUCGGCAGAAGGCUUCAACUGUCUCUGUCAGCUGAGAUGAUUAUUGUUACACACACUAAGUAUAUUACACUGUACUACGAAUAAUUGUGAUUUUGAUUGGAAAGCAAUGUUGAGCCCUUUGCUUUUCAACCGAUAUCUCAAUUAAUACCUACUACGCGUACAUAUUUAUCGUAUACCUAAAUCAACCCAAACAUAAUUUGCGAUUUAUACCUAUUAAUUGUAUUUAUGUACCUAUUUUUUCUAUGUAUUGUAAUUAUUUGUUAUGUAUGUGCGUAAACGUAAGUUUGUUAUUGUAUUUUGUUUAGGAAGUCUACGAUAAUUAAAUACUUUUUGGCUGUUUUUUCUAAA